AUGCAACACAAAUUGUUAAAUCUAUUCCAAUUACCAGAACGUGCUUUAGAUAUGAUCCUUUCCAAUUUAAGUAAUGAGGAUUACCUAAAAAUGGUUGAGGCUUAUGAAGAAUUUAUACCUCAACAAAUGUCAUUAUCAAGAUUAAAAUAUAUUUUUGGUGAGAAGAUUAAGAUUGAAGAAAAGUUAGAAAAUAGAGGAUGGCAUUACCUUAUUCGUAGACUUAUUAAACAAGCACACCCACAAGCGUUAGUUUCUAAUAUAACUGAUAAUAGAUUUUUUACUGUAUCUGGGAGAAAAUACUCUCCUACAAGUAGUAAACAUAUGGAGAUGUGUACUCAUAUCGGUCAAUAUCCUUUUGGACCACAAAAGAUGGUUGGUAUUGUAACAAAUCCAAACAAUGAACGUAUCAUUCUUGAAUCAAAUAUUUAUUAUUUUGAAGUGACAUUUGAUAAAAUAGAUAACCCAUUUGAAUAUACUUUUGCUAUUGGACUUUGUCCAUUACGUUAUAAAAAAGAUAAAUUCAUUGGUUGGGAAGAAAAUUCUAUUGGAUAUCAUUCAGAUGAUGGUAAAAUGUUUUACGAUAGUCCAAAAGGAAAGGCGUUUGCAAAACCUUAUGGACAAGGAGAUACAGUUGGUUGUGGGUUUGAUGUUACAAAUCAUAUUGUUUUCUUUACACUAAAUGGAGUUAGUCUUCCUCUUAUUCCUGUAAAAGAAAAUGCUUUUUAUCCUGCUAUUAGUUUAAGAAGUUACAAAGAUUUUACUAUCAACUUUGGUGAAGAACCAUUUAAAUAUGAUGUUUAUCAUUUUAAAACAAAAGAAGAAAUUAAGGAGGAUCAUACAGAAGAUCAACUUAGUGAACAACUCUCUGAAAAACCAAACCUUUUUUUCAACUCCAAAAUGUCAAAUAAGUUAUUAAAUUCAGAAGAUAAAAAUAUUGAUUCAAAUAGUUUCAACCCAACUGGUUCAAAUUGUGAAAGGUUGAAUAAAGAAAAAAUAAGUGAAGAUGAUUCCAACAGAAACAGUUCUGAUAGUGAAGGAUCUGAGGAUGAAGAAUUAGAGGAAUCAACUGGUGAAGACACUGACGAAGACACUGAUGAAGGUCUUGAUGAAGGUCUUGAUGAAGGUCUUGAUGAAGAUAUAAGCAGUAUUUUCUCUGAAUAA